AAAGCUGGCCUUAUUUAAUGCGAGUCUGUGAGCACAGGCCAUCAUCUAUAGGCUGCCACUUCUCUCCUUUCAAUACCCAUACUGCAGCAUCAUCACUUCCUUGCAAUGAGCUCCAAGGAACCAGAAAUACCCUCCUUCUCUUCCCCUUGCCUCUCCUCCAGAUGGUGGUCCAAAGACACAGUAGCUAUAGUCACAGGUGCAAACAAGGGCAUAGGGUUUGCAUUGGUGAAGAGAUUUGCAGAGUUAGGACUGAGUGUUAUCCUAACGGCUAGAGACAAUGGGAGGGGACUUGAAGCAGUGGAGGCUCUCGUGGCUCAAGGACUCCAUGUGCACUUCUUUAGGCUUGAUGUUUCUGACCCUGCUUCCAUUCAAUCCUUUGUUUCUUGGUUCAAAGACAGAUUUUCAGCCCUGGAUAUCCUGGUAAAUAAUGCGGGAGUAUCAUUUAAUGAGAUCGGUGAAAACUGUGCGACCAUGGAGCAUGUUGAAACGGUGGUCAACACCAAUUUUUAUGGAACAAAGUUGCUGACUGAGUCCCUCUUGCCGUUUUUUCGCUAUUCCUCAAGCCGGAUACUCAACAUUAGCUCUCGACUUGGCCUAUUCGAUCAGAAGCUCAAAAACCAAAAGAUAAAGGAGAUACUUGAAGAUGAAGAGAGACUAUCUGUAGAACAAAUCGACAGCAUUGUAAACCUUUUCCUUCAAAACGUAAAGCAAGGAACAUGGAAAACCCAAGGCUGGCCGGAAGUGUGGACGGACUACGCGGUGUCCAAACUCGCGCUGAAUGCUUAUUCCAAGGUGUUGGCGAAGCGAUACCAAGGUCGUGGUUUGAGUGUCAACUGCUUUUGCCCCGGCUUCACUCAGACCUCUAUGACUCGCGGAAAGGGAACUCAUUCGGCUGAUGAUGCCGCGGAGAUUGGGGCUAGGGUAGCUUUGCUUCCGCGGGAGGAUUUAUCGACUGGAAAGUUUUACAUUGCUAGGAGCAAUGUCGUUUGCUCUAAGUUGUAGAAGCAUGUGCCUCUUAAUGCAUGGGUUUUAAUUUUCUCAUUUUUUUUACGUGUUAAUGUUUGAAAAAUAAUUUGUAAUCCAAAUCAAUCAUGAAGCGAUCGACGUGAGGAAUUUUCCACUGCAAAUUUGGAAUUGUUCGAGCAGUCUUGUUUGUUCUUAAGGUGUAGAAUGAUGUGACUAUUAAUGGGUUUGUAAUUUUUUUUUUAGAAACGAUCCUUGUAAUUAAAACAUUCAAUUUUCA